CACGUAGUUCAGUCAAUGUUAUAGCCGGGUAUAUAUCGGGCCCUCGCCGUCGUAGAGGCAUGUACCUCACUACACUCCAACCAUCAACAUGAAGGUUAUCCUGGUUCUAUCAGCUGUGCUAGCCUCAGCCCUCGCAGCACCUCCUGCUGAUCCUGCUGCUCCAGCCAGACCGUCAGCACGUCUGAUCCUGUUGCCGGCGCGUCAGCAAAACCCUCCCCCUGCUGAGGCAGCCAUCCCCUCCCCUACUACAGCCCCCGCCGCUCGGCGGGACUCCAACAACGCUCAGACUGAGAAGCCGGAUGUCCAAUCUGAGAAGUUGCUGGACGCUGGAGAGUACUACGUGUUGACACCAGAAGGUAAACUACAGAUGGUGAAAUACACCACGGCCGCCCUCAGAUCACCCGCCCAGCCCGCUCAGCCCGCCCAGGUCAAACAGCAACCCGAGCCUUUCGCGCAGUUCCAGGUCGAAUACUUGCAAUACCCUACCUUCGAGUUCCAGCCUUCCCCAGCUCAAGUAAAGGCUGAGGAGGAAGAGGAAGAAGCUGCUGGAUACGAAGCCAAGGUGGAGUUUAGAGACGUCAAACCCAUUCCAGCUCCGAUCUAUGCCUACAACCCGGCCCCAGUGGUCCGCAUCCUCAGAAAAUGAAUUUGAAAUGUGAAUUUUUGUGUGUGGCAAAUAAACAGUGUAUUAUUUAUCAGGCAAA